CACACCUGACAGUGACAGCGUUAUUAUUGGGGGCACCUUGUCAUUUGUUACUAUUACUGCACAUGUUAGCAAUUUCCCUUGUUUUCCGUUUCUGGUACUUGAGCUGGCUACCGGCCUGCCGCCCACACCCAAAAUAAUACUAUGAUUUCUCAAGUGUUGGAACCCAUCGCCAUCCCACCACCACUGAACCAAAACCUUCCCAAACCUCACUCUCACAUGCCCAACACCCUUUCCUUGUUUGAUAAACCAGUAAGUUCAAGCACCUAUGCUUCAAUUCUCGAAUCUUGCAAUAACCUCAGACUUGGGAAACAGGUCCAUGCUCAUACUUUUAAAACUGGGUUUUCCGGGCAGGAGUUUGUGGACACCAAGUUGCUCCAAAUGUAUGGAAGGUUUGGUUGUUUGGGUGAUGCGGAUUUGUUGUUCGAUAAAAUGACGAAGAGAAACUUGUAUUCUUGGACAGCUAUGAUUAGCUUGCAUGUUGACAACGGGCUUUUUGAAGAAGCUUUUUGUCUGUUCGAUAAACUACAGUUCGACGAUGUUUUAUUGGACUUUUUCGUGUUUCCCGUUGUGUUACAAAUUUGUAGUGGCCUUGGUAACGUGGAAUUAGGAAGACAAUUGCAUGGGAUUUUGAUUAAAUAUCGGUUUGUUUCUAAUAUUUAUGUAGGUAAUGCUUUGAUUGAUAUGUAUGGUAAAUGUGGAAGCUUGGACGAUGCUAAGAAGGUGUUGGAGACAAUGCCUGAAAAAGAUCGUGUGUCAUGGAAUGCUAUUGUUACCGCUUGUGCUAUCAAUGGAAAGGUGUUCGAAGCAUUGGGUUUUUUCGAAACAAUGUCUUUGUGCGAAAAUUCAAGACCAAAUCUUGUUUCUUGGAGUGCAAUCAUUGGGGGUUUCUCGCAAAAUGGAUAUGAUGAAGAAGCCAUUGAGAUGUUGUUUAGAAUGGUCAGAGAAGGCAUUGAACCAAACGCACAAACUCUAGCAAGUGUUCUUCCAGCUUUUGCUAGAUUACAGAAGCUGAACCUUGGCAAAGAAUUUCAUGGAUAUAUCACGAGGCAUAGGUUAAUGUCUAACCCCAUUGUUGUCAAUGGGUUAAUUGAUGUGUAUAGGAAGUGUGGUGAUAUGAUGAGUGCUUUCCAAUUGUUUUCAAAGUUCUCACUGAAAAAUGUGGUCUCUUGUAAUACAAUGAUUGUUGGGUAUUGUGAAAAUGGUAAUGUCUCCAAGGCCAAGGAGCUAUUCGAUCAGAUGAGGACAAUGGCUAUCAAGAAAGAUAUAAUUUCGUGGAACUCGAUGAUAUCUGGAUAUGUAAAUAAUUCCCUGUUUGAAGAAGCUUUGAACUUAUUUAAACAUGUUCUUACAGAAGAUGGGAUCGAACCCAAUUCUUUCACUCUAGGGAGUGUUCUUACUGCUUGUACGGAUACGUCUUCUUUGAGAAUCGGGAAAGAGAUACACUCUCAAGCCAUUAUUAGAGGCCUGCAAUAUAAUACCUUUGUUGGGGGAGCUUUGGUAGAAAUGUACUGUAAAUGUCAAGACAUAAUGGCUGCACAAAUUGCUUUCAAUGAAGUGAGCGAGCGUGAUACAUCAACGUGGAAUGCUCUGAUAUCUGGCUAUUCCCGCUGCAAUCAGAUUGAAGACCUUCAGCAUCUGCUUACAAAAAUGAAAGAAGAUGGUUUCGAGCCCAAUGUUUAUUCGUGGAACGGUAUCAUUGCAGGUCAUGUGGAAAAUGACCACCAUGAUAAAGCCAUGCAAUUGUUCUCUGAAAUGCAGAUUUCAAAUAUAAGGCCUGACAUUUACACUAUUGGAAUAGUUUUACCUGCUUGUUCAAGGUCAGCCACCAUCGAGCGGGGAAAGCAGGUUCAUGCACAUUCAGUUCGAUGUGGUUAUGACGCUGACGUCUACAUAGGGGCAGCACUUGUGGAUAUGUAUGCCAAAUGUGGGAGUAUACAUCAUGCAGUACUAGCAUAUAAUAGAAUCUUAGACCCAAAUUUGGUGUCCCACAAUGCUAUGCUAACAGCAUAUGCCAUGCAUGGACACGGGGAGGAUGGAAUUGCUCUGUUUAGAAGAAUGAUAACAAAUGGCUGUAGGCCGGAUCAUGUCACUUUCCUUUCAGCUCUUUCUUCAUGUGUUCACGUUGGGUCAGUCGAGAUGGGCCGGGAAUUAUUCAAUCUGAUGCAGCACUAUGAUGUCAAACCCACUAUAAAACACUAUACAUGCAUGAUUGAUCUGCUUAGUCGAGCUGGUCAGCUUAAUGAAGCUUAUGAACUAAUCAAGAGCGUUCCGGUGGAAGUUGAUUCAGUGAUGUGGGGUGCCUUGCUUAGCGGCUGUGUUAUUCAUGACAACAUCAAGUUGGGAGAAGUCGCAGCCGAGAGACUUGUAGCGUUGGAAACGAAUAAUACCGCGAACUAUGUACUUUUGGCAAACUUAUAUGCUUAUGCUGGAAAAUGGUCUGAUCUAGCAAGAACAAGACAAAAAAUUAAAGACAUUGGGAUGUAUAAGAUCCCAGGAUGUAGUUGGAUAGAAGACAGGGAUGAUGUUCACGUAUUUCUUGCAUACGAUAAGUCUCAUAAGAGAACAGAGGAAAUCUAUGCUACAUUGGAUAAACUAACCCUCCACAUGAAAACAAUGGCAUUGUAAAUUAAUGUAACUUUUUUGCACUGGCUUAAAUGCUCAUUUAGCCCCUGGAUUUGUCA